GGAGCAGAUGGGGGGCGAGGAUCUGAAAUGCUAGGAUGCCUCAGGGUGGAGAGGAGAAUGGCAGUUGCUGGGGUGGGGGGAGUUUAAAGGUGCUGGUGGUCCCUGAGCCCCUCCAUGUGCAUCACAUCCCUGUUCUCCUAAUUUUCACCUCCACGGGGCAGCUGGUGCUCAUCUCCUCCUGCCGGGGUUCCAGCUGCCCUGGCUUGCCCCAGUAAUGAUUUACUAGCCAGGGGGGCCACUCCCCGCCUCCGCCCCGCGGACCUUGGAGCCAGGGCCUGGCUACACUGUGGCUUCUCUCCAUCGAAAAUGUUUUCCCUGGGGUCCUGGCUCCCAGCGUUGCCCGGACUGGCAUGGGGCUGGGCACUGCUGGAUGCACUCCUGCAAGGUGAGAUUCCCCCGAGGGUGGCCUGGGGACAGCCCAAGGGACACAAGUGACCCACUGCUGCCUUUCCCUGCAGGGCUGGUGAGUGCCUGUGCCAUCUCGGUGCUCUGCAGCCUCCUGAAGGUUUAUCUCUACAUCCAGUGCGUGAACAACCCGGAGAGGCAGGUGGAGAAGGAGGCGAUUGCGGCGCGGCGGCCCUUGCUGGAGCCGCUGCACGUGCUGGUGCUGACCGGUGUCCUGGCCCUGGUGGGCUCCCGUGUGGCCGCGCUGGUGGUGCUGGAGUUCUCCCUGCGCGCCGUCUCCACCAUCCUUUCCCUCGGCAAGGGCACCCACAGCAGCCAGCUCUACCUGCUGUGCCAGUACUCGCUGGGCUGCGGGGUGUCCUGCAGCCUCAGCUUCCUGCUGGAGGGGGCUCCACACCGCAGCUGGAACCUGGCGCUGGCGGCGGGGCUGGCGGGGCUGCUGGCGCUGCACGCCCGGCGCCUGGCCCGGCACGUCUGCAGCCUGUACGAGCUGCACAGCCGGGCACGCUACUGCGGCGUCUGCAUCCUGCUGCUGGCCUCGGGGCACGGCAUCCCGCGCCUGCUGCGCAACGCCCUGGCCCUCACCUUCGCCGUGGCCGACCUGGCCGCCGUGGAGCUCAUCAACCGCGACUUCCUCUCCACGGGCGAGGCCGUGCGCUUCUGGACCCCGCUGACCAUCUGCUACACCCUGCUGGUCGUCUACAUGCAGGAGGAGUCCCGGCAGAGCACAGGCAGGGGGCUGGUGUUCCGGACUGUGGUGGUGCGGAUGGGCGGCCUCUUCAUCCUCCUCCUUACGGUGGGCCGAUGGACUGACAUUCUGCACGUCUUCGUGUCGCUGCUGGGGGAGCUCUGGUGCCUGCUGCACUCCGGGGUCCUGCUGGAGUCCUGCUGGAAGCAGGAUUUUGCCCAGCAGCCUCGCUUGGAUAGUUUGUCAGCAUCCAGAUCAGAGGAGACGUCCCAAUGAGCUGCGGGGUGUAACCAGACAGCAGAAACUCAGAGUGGCUUUGCUGGGCACCCCCAGAACGCCCCAUCACAGAUCCCCCAUGGGGACUAAGGAAAAAAGGGCUCCUGGAUGGCAUCCACCCCAUCCCGUGGGAUGGAGGAGGUCGGGGGGAAGACUCACAUUGCCCCUGGUUUUUGGGGGGGACCUUGUGAGGUUGCAGCAUUACUAUGGGGUCUAUUCUCUGGUCCCAGGGGGACUGCGGGAUGCUGAUGCAUGUCCCAUCCUUGCUGGCUGCAGGGCCACGCCGUCAGGAGCCUCCAGGGGGUUAUAAAUGUCAAAAAAUAAAGGUUUUUUUCCAGCAAAAUCCAUGGGCAGAGC